AUGGCAGUUGAGCAGGCAAUCAAACACGGAGACGAUGCUCUCAAAGACAAAGAUUUUCUAGGGGCAAUUCACCACUAUUCACAAGCAAUCAAGGAAAACCCCCAGGCGUUUCAAGCAUUUCUCAAAAGAGCAGUCGCGUACACCAAGUUGAAAAAUCCGGACCUGGCAAAACAAGACAUAUCAACGGCAUUCACUAUAGCCAAUGAGCGUGGCAAACGAGGCGACAUUGGGCAAUGCUACUUUAGACUUGGUCUAAUCUAUUUCCAGGAGAAGAAGUUGAAGAUGGCGUUGAGUCAAUUUAACAAGGCUGUGGAAUAUGGAUGCAAUGAGUCUACUUUGUCAAUGUGGAAGAGUAAGUGUGAGUACGAUUUGAAAAACCACCCUGAACGAGAUGUGGGUGAAGACGAAGAUGAACCAAAAGAAGCGGAUGACGGAAACGGCGUUGGGGUCCCUGAUGACGCGGAAAGUUCAACGGAGAAAGUUGGUGGAAAAGCAGCCCCAGUAGAGCGGAAACAGCCAAAGGUUGAAUCAAACAUUGACGAAAUCAACAAAAUCGCGCCGAUGAAUGUCAAGAUUCGAGAGGACUGGUACCAAUCCAGCGAUGACGUGAUCAUCACUAUCUACGCCAAAAAGAUUAACGAAGACAAAUUGAAAGUACACUUUGAAAAGGACUCGGUGUCGAUCUCGUUCCCCAUAGCCAGUGGUUCAGAGUACAAUUACAACCUAGAUCCGCUUUCUGGAGAAAUUGACGUUGAUGCAUCGAAAUUCAAGGUGUAUUCUACAAAGAUGGAAGUGGUCUUGAAAAAGAAACGCGCCGAGAAAUGGCCAUCUUUGGAGAGGCUGGAGGAGAAAGCAGCUGAAACAAAAGACGCGCCAGCUCAAGAUUCGGUUGCUGCUUACCCUUCCAGCUCGAGAAAGAAGGUCAACUGGGAUAAAUUUAAUGUCGACGAGGGUAAAGAUGAUGAUGCCGAUUCUAACCAGUUUUUCCAAAAGAUUUUCAAAGACAUGGACGACGAUUCAAGACGAGCCAUGAUGAAGUCUUAUGUUCAAAGCAACGGUACUGUUUUGACUACCAAUUGGGACGAAGCUCAAAACAAGGAAUUUGAAACUUCUCCGCCCGAAGGCAUGGUUGCUAAGAAAUGGGGGAGUUGA